AUGUUUAUGUUACUCUAUGUCACAAGCUUUGCCAUCUAUACAAGUGGGCAGCCACUUCACAGCCAGUUUAAAGGAGAAAAUUAUUCUGCAAGAUAUGUUUGUAGCAUACCUGGUCUGCCAGGACCUGCAGGACUUCCUGGAGAACAUGGAGUGCCUGGUCCUCAUGGGCGCAUAGGUAUCCCAGGACGAGAUGGCAGAGAUGGCAGGAAGGGAGAAAAGGGUGAGAAAGGAAAUCCAGGUUUAAGAGGAAAGACUGGCCCUGUAGGACAAACUGGGGAGAAAGGAGACCAAGGAGAGCCUGGUAAAAAAGGACCUACUGGAAUGAGAGGUGCUAAAGGGGACGUGGGUCCUGUUGGUCCAGCAGGUCCAAAAGGGGACAAAGGAGAAAGAGGGAAACCAGGUUUGCCAGGAGUCUGUAAGUGUGGGAAAAUUGUCCUGAAAUCUGCCUUCUCUGUUGGGAUCACCACAAGUUACCCAGAGGAGAGAUUACCAAUCAUAUUCAAUAAAGUCCUAUUCAAUGAAGGAGGGCAUUACAAUCCUUCAAAUGGGAAAUUCAUCUGUGCUAUCCCAGGAAUUUAUUAUUUCUCCUAUGACAUCACCUUGGCAAAUAAACAUCUCGCCAUUGGCCUAGUCCAUAAUGGCAAGUUCCGGAUAAAGACAUUUGAUGCCAAUACAGGAAAUCAUGACGUUGCUUCUGGAUCAACAGUGAUCUAUCUUCAGCCAGAGGAUGAAGUAUGGCUUGAGAUCUUCUACACUGAUCAGAAUGGCCUCUUUGCUGACCCCACAUGGGCAGACAGUCUGUUCUCAGGAUUCCUUUUAUAUGUUGAUACAGACUAUCUCGAUGCCCUAUCAGAUGAAGAUGAACUGUGAUGCUGGGGAUUUAUAAGCACCUCUGAAUGAAUCCAGGCUGGUGAACACAUCUGAUCUUCAUUGUUAGAGACAAAAUGUUAAAGGCUUGUUCUGGGAUUUUGGUACUGCUGUCAAUGCUCCCAAAGUGGAAGAUGAUUGGUGCUUUCAUGACUGACUGUGGUUUUUAUUAAACAGGUGGUUCUGCUAACUCAGUGUACAUAAUAGUCCUCUCCAAAACCAUGUUUAUAAUAAUAUUGAAUAAAAUUUUGAUAAUAUACCUGCAGUUUUAUAUAAAAUGUUGAGUAACAAUGUGGUUCUCCAGAAUGGGAUGGAUUUUCUCAGUUACUGAAUAAGUAUUGCGAUGAAGAUAAGUAUGAAUAUCAGGGGUAAAUAAGCUAAUCCAUCCAGGUGAGUGAGUGUUAAAUACAAACCAGAAGAAUUGUACAGGCAGUUACACUACUGUUACUUCUUGUUAAUGCCUGUGAAGCCUGUGAAGGCAGUUUUGUGUGUGUAUCCCCCCAUUUCUAGCACCGUAUUGCAAGGCAUGAGUUUUGGAACUCACAGGAGUUUCAAAAGCAGCUCUGCGGAGCAACUCAAUAGCCUGCUUGCUGAGGACAGAAAGGCAGCUACGUGCGUACAAAAAUAACAAAGAAUCUUGUGGACUCUUAAAGAUUAAUAAAUUAAUUCAGAUGUAACCUCUGGUGUAUUAUAGCCAACAUCAGAUGCACAAAAGCCUAUGACAAAAUAAACAUGUUAACCUAUAAGGUGCCUAUGACACAAGCACAUGUUUGUUGCAACAGACUAGCUAACUCCCUCUGAAAAUGGUUACAAUGUGUGUACAAAUUCUUGCCCCCAUAUAUGGGGUCUUCCAUUAAUCACCGUCACCAUCAUUAUAACAAUUUCUGUAGUGCUUUUGAGUAUAAAGCAUUUCUCGUGUGUUGUCUAACUGUAAUAUUGCAACCAUGUAAGAACAAUCAAUACUGUUCCCAUGCUACAGAUGAAAGGACUGAGACUCAUAGAGUGUAGUUUGCCUAAUGCCCCUGUUCAUAUCUGAGGGGGGCCCUAGAGAACUCCAUGGUUAAUAUUCUGUCUCUUAGCCACUAUGGGAGACCGUCAUCCAUCUUUCACAAAUGACUCCUUCUAACCUUGCAGCUCCUUGCAGACUCCCCUGUACAACCUGGUCACCAGAAGGGCCAUCUGUGAAUGUUUUUGCUGUUCCAAAAUCCACUCUGUGUGGUCCCUG